AUGAACAGCUUUAAUGUAAAGAAAAUCAAAGUUAAUAUUGCUGUUAUUACUAGUCUCUUUAAACUCUGUCAAAUCAUAAUAUUUAUUAUGGAAACUGCAGUUCGUAAAGCUACUCGACUCGAAUAUAGACCUCCUAAAGUUAAACAUCUUAUAACUUUAAGAGAUUGGACAUAUGAUAAUCCAGAAAGUAUAGACCGUAUGCUAGUAUGUCUCGAAAAGAGAUUAAAAGAACGUUCAUGGAUUAUUACUUAUAAAGUAUUCGCUAUCUUACAUUAUUUAAUGCGUGAAGGCAAUUGUACACAAGUUGUAGACUCAGUUAUUAGACGUCCAUCUGUACUUGAUGCUAGUCAAAUUAAAAAUAAAUCUUCAAUCCCUGCCAAUAUCCAAAAUAUCUAUUUGUAUAGAGCUUAUUUAGAUGAACGUAUUAUUGCUUUUCGAAAUUUAAAAAGAGAUUAUAUAAAGGAGACAUCUUCGAAAAAAGAAGGUCGACUUCGACAUUUACGUAUAGAGGAUGGUCUAUUAAAAGACACAACUGCCUUACAAAGACAAAUGGAAUCCGUAUUAAAAUGCAAGUUUUAUCUUGGGGAAAAAGAUCCUUCCAUAACUCUUUUUGCAUAUAGAAUGGUAAUUGAAGAUCUAUUAUCAUUGUUUCAAGCAGUAAAUGAAGGUGUAGUUAAUAUUUUAGAGCAUUAUUUUGAAAUGAAUAAAGCACAUGCAACUACCGCAUUAACUAUCUACAAGACAUUUGCACAUCAAACAGAGCUAACAAUAGACUAUUUAAAUAACGCUAAAAGAAUGGAGAUUGACUUGGAAAUGAAUAUUCCUUCUAUUAAACAUGCUCCGCUGUCACUUGCUUCUGCUUUGGAAGAAUAUCUUAAUGAUGUAGGGAAAAAGACCGGACUAAAACAAGCAGAGAAGGCACCAACUCUCGUUACUCAGCAACAAACUACUACUACUACUACUGCCUCUACUCAACAACCACAACAGUCCUUAGUUCAAACACCAUUCAUGCCUUUAUCAGCUACACAACAGACGACAAAUUAUCAAAUACAGAAUACACCUUUUAAUAAUAAUAAUAAUAAUAACCAUAAUCAAUCAAUCAUGGAUGCUGCAUUCUCUACACUUAAUAGACACUCUACCUUACCUAUUCAGCAACAGUCAACUAGGAUGACACCCUCUUUAAUAACUCGUUCUUCUACCAUUACUAAUUCUACAAACCCAUUUUUGAAUAUGACAGCCUUAUCACAGCCGACUCCUCAUUUUACUACCAGUAAUAGUAAUCACUUUCAUUCUCCUUUUGCUACAAUUGGGCAUGCUCCACAACGACCUACUUCCAGCAGUACUCUUACCACGGCUAGUCUUAUUGGAGAUUCUUAUUUCAGGUCAUUAAGUAUGAAUGCAGUGAAUACCAACAAUCAAAUCCAAUUAAACAACACUAAUAUUGAUUUCAGCAACAACAGCACUAGUAAUAAUAAUAAUAAUAAUCAACAACAAAUACCUGUUGCUAAGCCUAUUCUACCUCAAGCAACAGGCAUGACUAGUAGUAGCUAUAAUCCUUUUUCACCUGUAACACCUCCUUUAACUCCUAAUCAACCUAUGAACCUCUUUUCGUCAUCCUCUCCAAUGUCAACUGUAUCACGUAAUCCAUUUUCACAACAAAAUUUUAAUUUUAAUAAUAAUAAUAAUAAUACAACAAAUAUGAAUCCACAAUUUCAAUCAUCUUCAGCAUUUUAAUCAUGUGAUGUGUAUAUAUAAGUAAA